UUUAAAAAUGUCUGACAAAGAGCAUCAGGAAGGAGUAGAAAUUCAAGAAGAAGAAUUUGAAGAGAUCAAUGAAGAUGAAGGCGAAGUCGUUCAAGAAAAUCCCGAAGAUGGCCAAGCCGAAGAAGAAAAUAAAGCAGCUCAGAAAGAAGGAGACAAAGAACAACAAGAAGGUGAUGGUGCAAAUGAAGGUGAAGGCGGCAAAGAUGAAGGAGAAGGAAAUGAUGGUGAAGGAGAAGAUGAUAAUUACGAUCCAGACUUAAGAUCCGUCUAUGUUAAAAAUGUCGAUUAUUCUGCAGAUCCUAACUCAUUGAAGGAGCACUUCCAAGAAUGAGGAGGUAUUGCCCGUGUAACUAUCAUUUGCAACAAAAUAACUGGUCAGCCUCUUGGUUAUGCAUACAUUGAGUUUGAGACAACAGAGAGCGUUGACAAAGCUAUCGAACUCAUGAACGAUACACUUUUCAAAGGAAGGCAGAUUACAGUUUUGAAAAAGAGGAAAAACUUACCUGGCAGAGGAAGGGGAGGAUUCCGUAGUAGAUUCCCUGGAUUUGGAAGAGGAUUCUUCCCAAGAAGACCUUACUUUAGAGGGAGAUAUGGCCCUUAUUAAGAAAUAAUUCUUACUCGUUAAAACACCCAAAGGUGGAAAUCAAAAAAAUGAGGCAUAAAAAGAUUGAG